AUGUCGCCAGAAAUACCGGACGAGUCGAGGGAAGCAAACGGUUCCGUCAACGGGAAGAUUCGGACUCCAGCGGGGGUAGUGUCGCGACGGCAGGCGGAGGCGUUGUCGCAAGCGUCCCAGGUUGUAGAUUCUUUACACGGCGGAGAGUCCUAUCUCGACGGCUUUAAUCUGCUGGGUGUUGUAGCCAAUCCCCGUGGUCUGCAUCCUACGACUGCUCCGUCUUUGCAGACUCCGUCUCGCAAUCAAUCGACGAACGCCUCAUCGUCUACGGCAACCACCUCUACGGAUGUAUUUUCAGGUACCUAUCAUUCCAUCGAAAUGACCAUGACCUCGGUUACGGAACAGAUUACACACUUGAAUGCCGUGCUGGAAGAUUGGAGUCGCUUCAUUCUGGAACAGGACAAUACGGAUUACGACAAGGCUAUCCCGGAUGCGCAACUACUCGAACUCCCAGCCUAUUUGGGCAACAUGGACUUGCAAAGCCUACAGACUCAUCUCGAACGGUCCGGAGCAUUGGCCCACGCGUUUCGAUCCCGACAACAGCAACACCCUACAACGCGAUAUUCUUCCGCAAACAGCAGCCGUGCGAGUUCCCCUGUAUCGAGUGCCAGUGAUGCGGACCACAUACCAGAAAUCUUUUACUCGGCCGAGUUCGAUUUGACCGACCCGGAAACCUUUGGACGACUGUUGCUCACAAGGAAAGACCGUAUGGUGCCGCCGUCCACGCCACCCGACCAGCGUACCGGAGGUCUACACGAAUACACCCCGGUCUCGUCCUGGUUUCCUCUCGAACCUCCGGAAGCAUUUUCCCUCGCCCUCGACAAGGUCGAACUUUCGUUGCUACAGCAGGUCCGGACCAAGUCGGGGGCCUUUUUUGAAGAAUCACUCCGCUUUGCUCAGCUCCAACAACAUAUUCAGAAUUUACUCGCACAAACACAGAGCUUACAGAAUGUCACAACCUCCAUUGAACGUGACGGUCUUUCGCCUUUGGUCGAGGUUCCUCGCUUCGACGACCAACGACAAUCCCUGCAAACGCUGGAUGUAGUCUUGGAAGCUGCCUGUGAGUUGUACGAAGUAAAAUCGAGUAUCGGUGGAUAUCUUGCGGCCCGGGAUGAUCUGCACGCUACUUUACAAAUUCAACUCGCCCGACGGCUACUAAAUACACCCUUGUCCGUGGACGGUGCCGGUAAUGUUGCGCUAAUUCAACUGACUGCUUUGGAAAACGUCUCGUCCCAGCUGGAUCAGUACGAAAUGCUAGUGACUUCAAAUCUUCAGGAUGAACUUGUGGAGUUCUUCUUAGAAUGGAAUGUGAAUGCAUCACCGGCCUCGCCUAACGCUUUCUAUACAAACGCGGCGCUAGAAGAUAGGAACAAUCGAGUCCGUGAGCUGGUGCACGUGUUGACCCAAUCCUCCGGUUUACCUUCUACUCUGGAAACUUACCGCAACCGCGUUUUGGAGACCACAAGAUUGACCGUUCGGACAGUCGUGAGUGAGUGCUGCGCUGGAGAAGUCAACGCCAACAUUGCCAACCUUUCUCUGGAGCGGUUUUUGGAGUGCCUCGAUCUCAUGAUCGAGCAGCUCGUGGUGGUCUUGUCGAAUACGGCGGCGGUGGAUGAAUUUUGCGUGCAAAAUGAUAUUCUGUUCACAUCUAAUGAUGCACAAAAUCCCGAGAUGGAAAGUGACAACACGAAUGGAGAGGCUGCUGUCGAGAAUGGAGACCAUGAAGACACGGAAGCCUUAUCUACACCGAUAGGUGGUGUUGUUGUGGCGGCUGCCGAGCUCUCGUAUGCACACUCGCUUGUUAGUCUCGAAGAAAUGAAGCGGAUUUGGGAUGUAUGCUUUGGUUUUGUAUCACAAACGGAAUCCAUGACAAGCGGUCACAAAGCUGCGACCUUGAGGAGUACACUAAUGGCUCAGGCAAAGGCUUUUAUCGAACGAAAACACGAACGCAACAUGUCGUCUCUGGUGGCUGCCUUGGAUGCUGAGCAAUGGACGCAGUGCCAGGUUAGUCCAGAGCGACAAGGCGUUUUGACGAGGCUAUGUGCUGGGCGAUCCGUGCUGCUACGCACGCGUUCUACGGACAUUUUAAACACGGUUUUGGGUGAAAAUGAGCCCGAAGCGCAAGUGGAGGGUUCUGGCUACAAGGUAGUCUGGUCCUGUCUGCUACUGGUCGAAAUGUUUACCCAGAAUAUCGCCGCUAGCUCGCACUUUACGUUUUUGGCUUCGAAUUUAGUUGCCAAAACAACCGAGCUUCUACGCUUGUUCAACUCGAGAACGACCACGCUCGUGUUGGGAGCUGGUGCGAUUCAUUCGGCUGCUCGACUCAAAUCCAUCAAUGCCAAGCACCUCUCGCUAGUGACCCAGUGCUUGGGAAUGAUUCUAGCAUUGCUACCGCAUGUAAGAGCCGCAUUUAUGGCCCAGAUGCCCACCAAGCAACAUGUAUUGCUCAACAGUUUGGACCAAAUCAAAUCAGAAUACAGUGAUCACAACGAAAAGGUCCUUAACAAAUUUGUCACGAUUAUUGGUAGCAUUGUGGAACGUAUUUUGGCACCCAAGAUUGGCGGUACGGACUUCGAUAAACGCGCCACCGUAUUCCCUAUUCCGGAAGACGGCAUUGUUCCGUGUUGUGCCUUUUUAGACGGUAUCUUUAUCAAUACACGUAAAAUGCACCAAGUGCUGAGUGCCUCGUUGCCAUCCGAUCACCUGCAGGAUGUUUUUUCAAGAAUUUUUGCAUUUCUUGAUCAAAAAAUUCCAGUUUUUUGGAUUGCCGCAUCAGAAUCACAGUCACAGUCGUUUGUUUUGCCGCUCACUGAGGAUGGCAAGCGACGCAUGCUAUUUGAAGUGCAAACGACGAUGCAAAAUCUGAACGCUUUGAAUGGGGUCCAACCUUGGGAUUUUACUGCAAUGAAUGUGCUGGAACGGCGCUUGGAAUACUUUCUCUCGGCUUCAAACAAUGAAGCAAGCAACGUACAAAUAUCUCCAUCUGGAACGCUAACAGAGGCCACACUUGGGACUGACGAUUUUGAUGACAGCAGGCAGUCCGGUUCCACCGAUGAGUCAACUCAAGGAGUGUCUCCCGUAGCUAAGCCGAAAUUAGCCACGGAAACAGAAAAACCAGCAGAACCUUCCUUAACAUCGAUGAUUACAGCACAAAUAGCAGAAAGUGACGAUGUGGGAGCUCCGAAAGCUGAUCAUCCGUUGUUUGAUGGGCCAUCCCCUAUGGAAACUGAUUGCGAAGCAGAGAAGACACACGAAACGGGUUUGAACGAGGCGGAAACGACUAUAGGGAUGCCGACGGGGCAAGAUGCUGACGACGGGCAGGCCUUAACCGAUAGCCCCGGGUCCCGUAGCGAUACGGAAGUAGAGGACGACGAGCCUCUCUUUAGUAAAUCGACAGACGACCAAGACGGGCACGAGGCCGGUGCGACCAAUGCUGGUGAAUACCCCUCGGACAUAGCGACACUGAAACUGUAAAGUUAAGCGAUUACAAUCUGAUGCUUGUCCCUGGGUUGCACACAGUUUGAGUCAAAAUGGAGUUUACUUCGUACGUUGCCAUAGCCACAUUGAGACCAGAACGGGCUCGCUGCUGUCGUUUACGGCAAACGCUCAUGAUUGCUCGUAGCCGCAGCCGGCACCAAAGAAAUUACGCCGUGUGUCAUUUGCCUUUGCUGAAACGCGACCAAUUCAGCUUCCUGCUCUGUUAUCCUUUUUUCCAAUGCCUCUUUAGCUUGCUGGGCUUGCUCCCCACGGUUUAAAGUGGGAAACGCUCGUUCAUUCAUCA